GGAAAGUGGACCGCAGAGAAGACCAGCUGCGUUCCAUGACGUUCAUCUUGGAUGCUGAGGGAUUUAUCCGCAUACUUGGAUCCUGGAUGCUGAAGGAUUUAUCCGCAUAUUUAGUUAGGGUCUAGGUGAUCCUGCUGCUGCGUACCUCUUGCGAUAAAAGAAGGCUUUAAGCAGUGGAGCUGAAAACGUGGCCAUGCUAGAAUCUGUUUUAUAAUGAUGAGCGUGUAGCCUCGAUCAAGAAUCGGCACUGUGAAUGUCAACUGAGCUUCCAUCAACAAAUGGAAGACCUGUGGUAUUAUUACCGAACCCUGAAAACAUUUUAAACUCUGGUCAUUGUUUAUUCUUGGAUGAAACUGCUGAAGUUGAAGAGGCAAAAAUAGGCCUUCUCCUGUAGGUGUAAUGUCUGAGCUUGAGAUCGUUUCACAGAACACUGUUGAAGAACAAAAACAUAGAACUCCAGUUCAGCUUGUUAACUUUACUUGCAGAGACCUACCCUUAGCAGUUGUUGACUUCUCACUGACAAGAACUGAACUACUGCCUGAAGUGGACCAAGAAAAUCCAAAGAACGGCUCUCAGUGGAUAAGGCCUUGUUGUGGAAGACAAGCAUCUAUGUGGCAGAUGUUUUUACUCAGUGCAGGCCUGAAUUGCUCAGUGGUGCUUUGUACUUUCCUGGUGGUGAUCCUCUUGAUCAUGGAGCUUCUCAUUGAUUUGAAACUUCUAAGUUUUACAAAUGCAUUCCAGUUUGCUGCUGUGAGCCAUUGGGUCAGCCUCGUUCUUCUCUCCAUAUUCCUUCUUGAGACGGUCCUGAGACUUGUAAUCUUUGGCAUCUGGGAAUAUGUAGAGAACAAGCUGGAGGUGUUUGAUGGUGCUGUAGUCGUCCUUUCACUCGCUUCAAUGGUGGCAUCCACUGUAGUAAAUGGUCCUAGCAGUCCUUGGGAUGCAUUCAGUCUGUUCAUUAUACUGCGUUUGUGGCGAUUUAAGUGGAUCGUUGAUGCUUAUGUUCUCCCACUGAAGGUAGAACUGGAACUUGUCAUUCAGCAGUACGAAAAGGCAAAGGCCACUCAAGAGGAACAGCUAGAGCGCCUGACCCAGAUCUGUCAAGACCAAGCAUUUGAAAUCAGACAGCUCCGGGCCCACCUUGCACAGCAGGACCUUGAUUUAAGUGCUGAGAGAGAAGCUGCAAUGCAAGUUCCAAUUGAGUGGAGCAAAGACUGUGGAAGGUUCAAAGUUGUGGACCAGGUGAUAAUACCACACUUGGGUGAUGAUGAUGAUGAACGUACCGAAAACAUCACUAUUUCACAGCUGGAUCAAGAAAAUGUUGUUGCUGAUGACAUGAAUAAUUACAUCAAUCAGUUUUUAAGUGAACCUAGCAGCGAAAUGGGUGUACCGGAUGCUGCAGCAUGCAUGAUUACUACUUCUGCAGUUGAUGUGCACUAUCCCAACAUUUCCAAUGACCUUCUAUCAGCCGUGCCUAGCAAAAGUGAAGAAUUUCAGAGUACUUACCACAAAGAGCCUGACAGUGUCUCUAUCGCUAGCUCAGCAACUCUAACCCUGAGUGCUAGCAGCCAGGUUUUUUGCUCCUCAACAGACUGCAGUACAAGAGAAGAGUCUUCUGAUUCCUGUCUACUUGAAAGAAAUAGAACUUUCCAGAAUGGACAAACAGAUGCCAUAAGGCCAAGGGGCAACAGCACUGGAGUUCAAGGGCUUCUCUCUUCACUGCCUGCGAGUUCACGUUUAACACAGCAAGGACUUAGUGCAGUCAGUCUUCUAACAUCUAGUCCUUCUGGGUCGACCAAGGCUAGCCCAGUCCUUGGCUGUGGGAUCAGUAUUCAUAACAGGAGCCCACAUGUGAACUUUAAUUCUCAACAGCUUAAACCAGUCAUGUACUUUCAUAAAAAUGUUGCAACCAUUGAAGAGAAAUACAAAUUUCUGGAAUCCAAAGAACAGGCAUUAAGUCAAAUCCAAGCAAUGUAGCAGCUAAUAUUAACGGAUGCCCCAGUUAUGACGUAAACACUGGGCUUAAAAUUCAUGCCAUCUUGCAAGGUGCUUUGGAAUUUUAAAACCAGGUGUACUAGGACAUGGUGGAAACUGGAAAAACCCAACAGUUUCAUCAGUAUAACAUUUUAAAAAUGAAAAUCAAUGAGUGAGGGAUUAAAUGGGAUGAAGUGGCAGCAACGCAACCCUUGUGGUGACCAAUACUGAAGAUGCAGUAAACCUAUUAAUAAACAAAGAUACAGGUCUUGGUUGCAGUACCUUUAAAGCAAGAAAAUAACUACCUCUUCAGAUUUGUUUGGAACUGAUUCUCCUUAAAAUACCAAAAGGCUAGCAAAUGCUUGUUUCUGCUAUUUUUUCAGGCCUACCAAUAUACAAUUAUUUUCAUAUUUUCUACUUUAUUUAUGCUAUGUAUUUUGCUAAAUAGAUAAGGGAGAUGGUCCACCUGACCCAUUUUAGACUCGAGUCGAAGUACAGGCAAUACAGUCAAAAAGUUAACAUUGUGCACACUAUAUCAAAAGUGAAAAUAAACUGUCAAAUAUAAUAUAAAAUCAGAGUGAUAGUUACUAAAAAUACAAUAACAGAGACUCUUAUUUUGAGAGAUAAACUGCAUUGGGAGAAUAAAUAAAACUUUCUUCUGGUCUCCUUUUAUGCCCCUAAUAAAAAAAAAACAUAUCAGAGCUCACACCCUUUGCCCAG